UCCGUUUGUCUCUCUCCCCCAUUCUCCAAUCCCCACGACGAGAUCCAUCCACCCCAGAGGCCAAGAAGAGAAGGGAGGAGAGAGAGAGGCCGGCGGCGGCGGCGGAGCAGGCGAUCGGAGAUGGUGCGGAAGGCCAAGGUCGAGUUCGACGAGAGGCCGCCGGAUGACUUCGACCCGAAGAACCCGUACGGGGACCCGGUGGCGAUGCUGGAGUACAGGGAGCACCUGGUGCGGGAGAAGUGGAUCCAGAUCGAGACCGCCAAGAUCAUCCGCGACCGCCUCCGCUGGUGCUACCGGAUCGAGGGCGUCAACCACCACCAGAAGUGCCGCCACCUCGUCGACCAGUACCUCGAGUCCACCCGCGGCGUCGGGUGGGGCAAGGACCACCGCCCGGCGGACCUCCACGAGCCCAAGAAGGUGGUCGAGGUCGAGGACUAGCACGGUUGCUUCCGCCGCCAUUCCUGGAAUGGAGAGGUCAUCUUUCCAUUCGAAGUGAAGGAAGUAACUUGAACUGCCGCAGCUCCUCUCUUACCUCUGAAGUUGCUGAUAGGCAUUUAAUAAAUGAUGAUGCGAAGCAAACAUUGUUGUGUGGUGUCUGUAUUUUUUUUUGUUAACUUGAAGGAGUUAGCAAAUCGUUGCUUGGACUUACCUACCUUGUUUCCAGUUUCAUUUAUACAAAUGAUGUUUAGCUGCC